UUUGCCCUGCUAGCGCGCCAUGCUGGACAGAAGUCCACACUGGCCCCUUGCCUAGCUGUCAGGGCGGGAAAAGAGGGGGCUUUUCCGGGCUCUCCCUCCCUUUCCCUCCAGAACAUGUUAAAUGGCGCCAAAAGUAGAAGGAAGUGAAGGAGGAGCAGAGUUCAGGAGGAGAGGAGAGGAGUGAGAAGGGGAGGGAAAGCUCGUGGCCCUGGCGGAGUCCAGUUUCCGUUCGUCUGCGUCGGGUGCCAGCGGCCGCAGAGGCAUGGGAGGGAUGCGCGCACCCGUGCUGUACCAAGAGGGCCCUCUUGCUUAUGAGCCGACGGUUUUCUGCAGAUGCGACAGGAAAGCGCCGCGUUGGAUCUCAUGGAGCGAUGAUAAUCCGGGGCACAGGUAUUUCAGAUGCAUUGCCGCACGGACAAUCAACGAUUGCGGUUUCUAUGUAUGGAUUGAUGGGGAGCACACGCCAUUUUUGAAGAACUUGCUUUUGGAUCUUCGUGAUGCAGUUUGGAACCUAAGGAAUGAGAAUGCCCAACUGAAGCAACUCAAUCAGCAAGGCACUAGUGAUGCGGUUUGCAACUUGAGGAGGGAGAAUGCUCAGCUAAAGCAGAUGAAUGAAAAGCUGCAGAGGAGCAAUGAAGUUAUGGAGGCUGGCAUGAAGGCAAAGAUUAAAGAGUUGGAGGACAAGGAUGCUACAUUGGCAGCCAUAGCCACCAUGUUCAGAUCUGGAAGUAGUUGUAGCUCAUUUAGCUGGGUUUGGGUUGGUGCAGGUUUUCUAUGUGGCGUGUGUUUUGGCCUGAUGUUUAGUGCAAUGUGAGUCAUGCUAAACUGAUGUAAGGUCUUUUUGUUGUGCUUUGUGAACUGACUAAUGGUAAUGGAAUGCAAUUUAAUGCUUGUGAGAAA